CCACCACCACCUCCACCACCGCCGCCGCCAGCUUUCGCCUCACAACUCCCACCUUGAGGAACGCCUUGGACCUCGUCCAUACUACCAAUCACGCCGUGCUUUUGCACCUCUGAACGUCACGGCCGUGUAGGAACACGAAGCCCCUGAGCUUCCUGCUCCAGAAGCCUCGCCGGGCGUCAUUCCCUUCAGUCUCGCCUCACCACGAGCUCAGGCAGGCAGCACCUUUCACCAUCAAAACCUCAGUCCUUCCCUCGCGCCCACAUCUCGACGACAAGCCAACCCGCAGUUGUUGCAACAAGCAACAGGACCACCCGCAGCGGUUGUCGCAAGUAACACCAUCAUCACCACAGCAUCCCGGUGCGCAUAGCCAUGGAGGCGGCCACCAGUUUCUCGUCGCGUCGCCCUGCGGCAGGCGCUUUGCCUGCAUUCUCUCUGCCUCCUCCCACCGCAGAUGUUCCAAGUAUGGCAAAAUACCCCUUGUACCCUCCCCUCCCGGCCGGCUCCCACGAGCACUACCACAACUCACUCGAAUCCGCUCCGGCUGGGUAUCCCUAUCCGCCAUCAUAUCUUCCCCUCCCCGGCCCCCUCCCCGAUCGUCGCCGUUCCUCUUCCCCCAGUGUUCUGACCCCUUCGCCAGGAGCCAGCGACGGUCUGAGCCCAAGCCUCUCCAGCGUCAACACGGGCAGCUCCCAGGGCUCUCAGGCACCCGCCGGCAUGCACUACUCGUACGGCCAUGGAUCGUGGCCCACGCCCAACAACUCUUCGUAUACCGUCAGCUCUGCCGCUCCUCCGCAACCCGCCAUGGGCCACCAGCACUUUGGCGGUCGCCCCUCGAUGUACAGCCAGCAGCCCUCGACUAUGCAAUUCAACCAUCCCCGAACCUCCCAGUCGCCGCACCACGGAGGUGAGGGCCUCCCUCCCCCUCCCUACGGCGAGGUCCAGCACCCCUUUCAGACAUCCCUCUCCAGCGGAGGCAACGGCGGGCAGACGACUCCUGGCCACCAAGCACCCCAGAGUGCAAUCCUGAGCUCCCAGAACCCAGUUUCGACGCAGCCUCCCACUACUUCCAGUGCGCCGGCUCACGUUGACUCUUAUACGCACACGCGACCUCCCAGCAACUCCAAUUACUACACAACCUCCUCCACGCCUCAGCAGUCCAACUUUACUUCUUAUGCCCCUCAGCCCUCGCCAACCCAGCACUCGCCUUCGAGUGCUGGCCCCGUUCCGAGAGGUCUAGGCUCGAUCUCGGGUCCACAACAGGGAGGACCGUCCAUGGCCCCCCCUGCUCCGUAUAGACCAUACCCUCCUUACCAGUCCCUACCGACCAUGGGCGGGUCCGUCAUGUCGAAUAUUCACCAGCCCGGAGGUCAGAUGUCGAUGAUUCCCGGCAUGGGCGUUCCCCAAUACGGCCACCCGAUGAUGUACGGGCACGGACAACCCGCCCCUCAGUCUGAACGACCUUUCAAGUGCGAUCAGUGUGUGCAGUCCUUUAGCAGAAAUCACGACUUGAAACGACAUAAGCGAAUUCACUUGGCUGUCAAGCCAUUCCCUUGCACCUUCUGCAGCAAGAGUUUCUCACGAAAGGACGCCCUGAAGAGACAUCGACUCGUCAAGGGUUGCGAAGGCAAGACCGGCGACGGCAUCAACAGCACUGAAGGCAACGGAGCAGAUCGAAGUGUGGAUGGCGACGACAGCACAGAUGCGAAGAAAGAGUCGUGAACGCACAUUGGGGACGAGGGGUGACGACGACUACCCGGCUUUCGAACAAGACCCGCUCAUUUUGGGGUGUGAAGGCAAACGAGGGAUUAUUUCCAUUGUGAGAGCAAGCAGCGAGCUGAGGCCGCGGCUGCGAACGAGGAACAGCGAUACCUGAUGCGAGACAUAUCACCACCCACCACAUCCAUUGCAAGCAACAACGACUACGAUGUGUAAAAAGGCGCAAGGGCGCAAUUAGGAAAGGGGAGACUGGAUUAUUGGCGUCAAGGGAGCUCGUUGGACAUGAAGCAGUGGAAGCCCAACGGUGGGCUGAAGCUCUUUUUUGUUUUUAUUUCGUGAAUCUAUUAUAUCACACGGACCGGGACAAAUCAAAGGGGCAGGAUUCGG